AUGUCAACAGUGAUGAAGCGUCUCUCAAACAUUUUGAUAAAAAGUAAAAAAAUAAAAAAAUUACAAUUUGAAUGUGUAGAAAUAAAGAAUAAUUUAUCGACGCAAGCAACUGCAAUUGAAUACAAAGUAAAUGUAGAUGGAGUUGAUAUAAAUUAUGUAAAAACUGGUUCAGGAGAACAUGCAGUGCUUUUACUACCAGGAAUGAUGGGCACCAUAUGGACUGAUUUCAAACCUCAAAUUGAUAAUCUUAACAAAGAAAAGCUGACAAUAAUUGCUUGGGAUCCACCUGGAUAUGGAAAGUCUAAGCCACCAAAUAGAACAUUUCCCAAAAACUUUCACAGAAGAGAUGCUACAUGGGCAUGUAAUUUUAUGAAAACUUUGGGUUUUGAUAAGUUUUCAUUGAUAGGAUGGAGUGAUGGUGGGAUUACAUCUCUCAUUCUUGCUGCAACAUAUCCUGAGAAUGUUAGAAAAAUUAUUGUUACAGCAACACAUACAUACAUUACACCUCAAGAAAUGGCACUAUAUGAAAUAUCAAAAGAUCUUAGUACAUGGUCAGAACGAGUGAGAAGAUCUUUAAUAACAAUUUAUGGAGAGAAAUAUUUGCAAGAUACUUUAAGCAGUUGGAUUGAUGCAAGGAGAUUUAUUGUGGAAAAUAAUAAUGGUGACAUAUGUAAAGGAGAUUUGAGUAAAAUAAAGAGUCAAACUUUAAUUGUACAUGGAAAAAAAGAUAUAAUCAUUCCCAUAGAACAUCCUCAUUAUAUAAAAGCAAACAUAAAAAAUUCUAAACUUAAAAUAUUCAACGACGGUAGGCAUAACGCGCAUUUAAAAUAUGCAGAUGAAUUUAAUGCUCUAGCUAACAAUUUUCUUAUAAAUGAAGAGGAUAAAAAAUUGUGAAUUAAUUUUAUAAAUUAAAUAUUAAG